AUGUCAAUCCGCACGAUUCCCGCGCGAGCGAUCAAGACCGCCGUCGCUGGCAGUUCCCGACUCAGACAUGUCCUGGUAACUGGGCGGCGAGAGUAUACUUCAUACAAUGCCGCCGUCGCGGGCCUGACUCCGGAGCAAGAAGAGUUCAGACAGGUCGUAUCGGACUUUGCACAGAAGGAAAUAGCUCCUAGGGCAGCUUCUAUUGACAAGACGAACCAGAUGCCCGAGGACCUCUUCCCUAAGAUGGGCGAGAUGGGCCUCCUCGGUGUCACUGUACCAGAGAAGAUGGGAGGAUUGGGGCUGGGAUAUCUGGAGCAUACGGUGGCUAUGGAAGAAUUGAGUCGGGCGUCCGCAUCGAUCGCGCUGAGUUAUGGGGCGCACUCAAACUUGAUGGUCAAUCAGCUUAAGCGAUGGGGUACACCGACGCAGCUCGACAAAUACCUCCCCAAACUCCUUACAGGCGAACACGUCGGCUCCUUAGCCAUGUCCGAGCCGAACGCCGGGUCAGACGUUGUCAGUAUGAAGACGAAAGCGGAGAAGCGGGAUGGCGUGUGGGUACUGAAUGGGAGUAAAUGCUGGAUCACGAAUGCCCCAAUAUCGUCAACCUUCAUCGUGUACGCUCGGACCAACAAGGAGGGACCGCCAAGUAAGGGCAUCACCGCGUUCUUGGUGGAGAGGGGGUUCAAGGGGUUCGAGGUCGGAGAGAAGCUGGACAAAUUCGGAAUGAGGGGAAGUCCGACCGCUGAGAUCUUCUUUGAUAAUGUUGAGAUACCAGAAGAGAAUGUCCUUGGCGAGGUCGGCAAGGGAGCUGCGGUACUCAUGUCGGGUCUUGACCUGGAGCGUUUGGUUCUUUCAGGUGGACCAUUAGGUAUUAUGCAGGCAGCUAUGGACCUCACCCUCGAGUACACCCACGAACGCUAUCAAUUUGGGAAACCAAUAGCGACCAUGCAGCUGAUGCAGGGCAAGCUGGCCGAUAUGUAUACCAAGCUGUCGGCGUCUAGGGCGUACACGUAUGCGGUGGCACGGGCAUGUGAUGCAGGCAAUGUGUCAAGACAGGAUUGCGCAGGAUCGAUUUUGUACUCGUCGGAUCGGGCUGUAGAGGUCUCGAUGGAGGCUCAGCAAUGUCUCGGUGGAAAUGGCUACAUUAAUGAUUACGACGCUGGCCGGCUUCUUCGUGAUUCGAGGCUAUACACAGUCGGUGCGGGAACACAGGAGAUUCGGAGGAUGUUGAUUGGACGAGGGUUCAAUGAGGUAUUCGCCAAGGCGGAAGGGAAGGCCAUCGCGCAAUGA